UUAGUCUAAAUCUUCCAUUUAUUAAGCUCUCAUAUUGUAAUUAUUUUAAAAACAACAUUUAAAACACGAACAAUGGAUCGCUUUCAAUGGUGGGAAAGCAACUCUCAGCCUGGAGAAGUUGAAAUUUACCAACAAACUGGUGUUAAGCUAUAUGAUGGAAACAAGAAAACUCUGUUUGAAUCUGGUUUAAUGACAUUGACAAAUUAUAGAAUUAGGUGGAAAGAUGAUAUUAAUCCCAACACUGAUAUGAGUUUGAAUUUGUCACAUAUUGUUUUGAUUGAAAAAGAAUCUGCAACUUGGACUAAAAGUGCAAAGAUCAUUGCCCAUCUGAGUGCCAUUUUGGAAGAAGAUAAGAAACCUGGUCCAGUGAAAUACAGCCCAUACAAUUACGUAAAAUUUAGUUUUCGUCAAGGUGGAGACAAGGAGUUCUUUAAUGCGCUAUCAGAGGCACUGGUGAAAAAAGCAUGGGAAGAUCCGUCUGCUGCUUAUCCUAAAGGUAAGCAGUAUCGAGCUGGAAUUGUAGGAAUCGAGAGGCAGAUUCGACAUAAGAACGAAGCUACUGGUGAAACCAUUUCUGAAGCAUUUGAAGAUUUGAAAUGCUUGAUGAAAAUGGCACAAGAAAUGGUGGGUCUAUCAAAAAAUAUUUCUCAAAAAAUUAGAGAAAAACAAAGUAGCAUAACUGAAGAUGAAACAGUUCAGUUUAAAUCAUACUUGUUAAGUCUUGGUAUCAGUGAUCCUGUGACUAAAUCUGAAUAUGGUUCUGGCACCACAUUUCAUGUUGAAUUGGCCAAACAGUUAUCAGAUGCACUUAAGAAACCUUUAGAAGAAACAGGAGGGGUGUUAUCUCUAGCAGAAGUUUAUUGUCGUGUGAACAGAGCCAGAGGAGUUGAAUUGAUAUCACCAGAAGAUUUAUUAAAUGCUUGCUUGAUGUUAGAAAAACUUGAUUUACCCAUAAAACUUCAUACAUUUGAUAGUGGAGUUAUGGUCCUUCGAUUAGAAUCUUAUGACACUGCUAUAGAAGCCCAAAAAGUUGGAAAGUUAUUAAAUGAGCAUGGUUCUUUAACUGCUGAUGAACUGUCUAUUUUAAGCAAAGCUACAGUUAUUAUUGCCAAAGAAAGAUUGUUGUUUUUGGAAAGAGAAGGUAAAGCUUGUAGAGAUGAUUCUGUUGAAGGUUUGAGGUUUUAUCCGAAUCGUUUCCUUAUAGAACAAGCAUAAAUCUAGUAAAAUUUUGAACAUAGUUGUUGUGAUUGUGUGUCAAAUCACUCAGCACAUAUAUAAUAAUGAAGAUUUUUGUCAAGAUUGUUUCAUUUAAAAUCGGCUACAUAACAAGUUAUAUUGAAUUUUAACUUUAAGAUUGAUGAAAUUGCAUUUCGAAUCGACCAAGAAUAGAAGUUGAAUUGCUUAUUUUGCUCAAUGUUACUUCAGUGAAAUCUAGUGAGGAAAAAGCAGGUUUGAUUAUGUAUUACAAAUCUUCUAAAAGUGCAAAAGAAACUAAGCACCUUUUUUUUUUUUUAAUUUGAAAAACAAAGUGCAUAAAGUAUGAAUUUUCAUUUCACUAUCUAUUGAUCUUAAAGAGCAUUAAAAUAUCAACAAUUUUAGUAAGACAUUUUAAAAAAUGAAAAUUGAUAUUUGAUGAAGUGUAUAAAACAGCUUUAAAAAUGUUGUUAAACUGAAAGAUGACCAUGUAAAAUCAUUUAUACUUAUUAAAGAUAUAUUGAUGUUUCGAUUUAUGAAAUUGAGUGUGCUGUGUCUACUUGUUCUGUAACACUUAGUAGCCACCAAGUAUAAUUUUUUUCCCUGUUUCUAAAAAUUGUUUGCUGUUUCUACUUGUUCUGCAGCCACCAAGUAAAAUGUUUUUGUUUUAAAAAAUGUUUGCAAUGUGUAUUUUCAUGCAAUACAUUGUUCAUUGACUAAAUAAGGAUAAAUACUAGUAAAAAUAAAUGAUUUUAGUGAUGGAUCAAUA